AUGGGCUUGGUCUUCCGUGGAGACAAACCAACCCCAAUUACCAAGUCGCACCAAUCCAGCGUGUUUGGGCCUGACAGCCCGCUGUGGCCGAACGCAACGUCACGGUACCAGGCGUACGAACCCCCGAAGAUCAAGGUGGUCGUACGGGUAGGGUGCGAGGAGGACGUCGCCACUGUUAUUCGAUAUGCCAAUGAGAACGACUUGCCUUUCUUCACGGUCAACCGCGCUCACAGCAUGACAACCACCCCGGGCCAAUUCCACGGCCUAGAGAUUGACAUGCAACUGCUGACUGGAAUUGAUAUCAAUCCGGAUGGCGAAUCCGCUCGCUUUCAAGGCGGGACGUUCGCCCAGGAGGUGAUAGACGUGCUGUGGGAACAGGGCUAUGUAGCAACCACCGGAAGCUGCGGCUGCGUCGGGAUGGUCGGUCUCGGUCUCGGCGGAGGCCACGGCCGUCUUCAGGGCCGGCACGGGAUGGUCAGCGACAACUACCUCAGCCUGAACGUGGUUCUUGCGAACGGGACCGCGAUCACAGUGUCCGACACCUCGCACCCAGACCUUUUCUGGGGCAUGAAAGGCGCGGGCCACGACUUCGGCGUAGUCACCAGCUUCGAACUGCGCAUCUUCCCCCGCCAAGAGGAGACCUGGUACUACCGGAACUAUGUCUUUUCGCAGAGGGAGCUCGAGCCGUUGUUCGAAGAAUUGAAUCGGCUACAGGGCAACGGUACGCAGCCGGUCGACAUCGCGUGGCAAUACACAAUGUAUCAGCUGGACCCCACGGUCAGCGCGACGGAGGCAAUCAUCCUCUGGUCCUUCGCCUACUCCGGCCCCGAAGCCGCGGCGCAGCCGUACCUGGCCCCCUUCGACGCCCUGCACCCGCUCCGCGUCGACGACGGCAACGUCCCGUACACCGAGAUCCCGAACGCCCAGAAGACAGGCGUGAACGACUCGAUCUGCGCGCACGGCCUCGCGCAGAUGGUCUCGACCGCGGGCCUGCAGGUGUACAACGUGACCGCGCAGCGGGCGAUCUAUGAUGUUUUCAGCGAGAUGCUGCGCUCCAUUCCCGCGUUCAAUGCCUCCGUCGUGCUCAUGGAGGGAUACUCCCUCCAGGGCGUGUUGGCCGUCGACCCCGCCUCGUCGGCGUAUCCGUUCCGUGACGACUUUCUGCUCAUUAUGCCAGGUCGCGAAUAUGAGCCUUUGCGAAGGUUGGCCGCUGUCACCCACGUACCCGAUGAUGCGUUGGAUGAUAUCGCGAUCGAGUGGGCGGGUCGUAUCCGUGACCUGUGGAAUGAGGGGCAACCCACCCGGCGGCCGACGACGUACGUCAACUAUGCCUUUGGCACGGAGUCGCUGGAGUCGAUGUAUGGGUAUGAGGGGUGGCGAUUGGAGAGGCUGCGCGCCUUGAAACGAGCGUACGAUCCGGACAAUCGGUUCGCGUAUUUCAAUCCGAUUCCUGUUUAGAAGGUCUGCGAUUGGCUUGAGG